GCGGCGGGCGGGGAGCGCGAGCAUGGCGGCGUCCGCGGCCCUGAUCCUGAGGGAGGGCCCCAGCAUGAAAAAAGCGGUGACUCUGAUAAAUGCCAUAGAUAUAGGAAGAUUUCCACGGCUGCUCACCCGAAUUCUUCAAAAACUUCACCUGAAGGCUGAGAGCAGCUUCAGUGAGGAAGAGGAAGAAAAACUUCAGGCUGCCUUUUCUCUGGAGAAGCAGGAUCUUCACCUCGUCCUGGAGACGGUGGCGUUCAUCUUAGAGCAGGCGGUGUACCACAGCGUGAAGCCGGCAGCUCUGCGGCAGCAGCUGGAAAGCCUGCAUCUGCAGCAGGACAAGGCGGAGGCGUUCGUGCACACCUGGGCGUCCAUGGGCCAGGACACGGUGGAGAAGUUCAGGCAGGGCGUCUUGGCGCCCCACAAGCUGGAGACCGUGGGAUGGCAGCUUAACCUUCAGAUGGCUCAUUCUGCGCAGGCGAAGCUGAAGUCUCCCCAGGCCGUGCUGCAGCUGGGAGUGAGCGGCGAAGAUUCCAAGAACCUCGAGAAAGUUCUUGUGGAAUUCAGUCAUGAGGAGCUGUUUGAUUUCUACAACAAGCUGGAGACCGUGCAAGCGCAGCUGGACGCCCUGACGUGAUGCGAGGCCUGCCCUCCCACCGCGCUGCUGCCCCUCGUUACUGUGCAUUGAAAGCGGAUUGCCAGGUUGCGAUUUCUGCAGGCUUCAGCAGCUUUCCCUUUACACAUUUCAUAGCUUGUGACUGCUCAGACGAAUCGCCGUCCAGGGAGGUCGUGGUGAAGAGCUCCCGGGCUCUCACGUGGGUCCUGCGAGCCGGCAGCUCUGAAAGACGCAGACACGGGCACCGCCUCGUUUCUGACUGUUGCUCUUUGCUGGCCUGUUUAUCUGACGACCCCUUGUUGCCUCCAGAAAGUGUAGCCCAGCAGACAGGGCCACGCUGCGCGAGCACGGUUCAGAGAACAGAGCCCUGCAGCCAGAUGCUUCAUGCCAUUUCCCCUUGACUAGAAUGAGUGAGUUUUGCUUAGUAAAUGGCAAAGGAAAGGAAUUUAUAAUAGAACUAGUGAUAUUAUAUUGGUUAAUUCCACUGAGACAUCCUCCAUCCUUCUAGUGUUUUCUGAAUCUGAUGAUUUAAUAAUAGCGUGGAGUUUUGUUGCUUUUCUUGGUGCUUUACAUCCGUGAUGAUUCACUUCAUAGACCGGGAACAAAGUCAGGUCAUGAGUAAGGGGAAUUGUAACGAAUGCUAAAUGGACGUCCUUACAGCUUUAAAUGGGUUAUCUUUUAUAUUCUAUGCCUAUAAAUA